UUCAUUUCCCCACACCAUAACGUUACAGCUGAGAGGCUUUCGGGUUAAGAAGAACUAUUCAUGUGUUUAAGAGUUAAAGCUACAAGUUUCGAGAGAGAGAGAGAAAAGUGCAUUUUCUUAAGAAUAAUUUAGGCACCUGGGAUAUUUCUGGGAUUUGGAUUAAUACCUCUGGUCUUUCCCGUGGAGAGCAGACGACAACAUGGCUGCUCUCUCCUGGGCGGCGGGUCUCUCCCUGCUGCUGCAGGGCUGCGUGUGCAGCGUUGUGCAGACGGACCGAGGCUGCGUGAAGUGGACACAACGCGGGGACAAUGUUUGCUGUGAAGCGUGUUAUCCCGGACACCACCUGGCCCUCGACUGUGGCCCACGCCCGAAAGACCUUUGUAUCCCCUGUGAGCCCGGGACAUUUUCUGGGAAGUCUAAAAACUACAAGUGUACCAGCUGUACACAGUGUGUAGGUGCCCAGGUUUAUGUGAAACAUUGCACGGCCACGAGCGACACGCAAUGCGGCUGCAAAGAGGGGCUCACCUGUGGGGACCGCCGCUGCUCCUUCUGCGUCGAGAGGUGUGACAAAGGUCAGGAACCUGCAGAGAAACGUUCAUGCAGAACGUGUCCAGCUGGAACCUUCAAUGACCAAAGCCACCAGAUGUGUAAACCCUGGAGUACCAAGUGUCCCGAUCCAGAACAAAUCAUCGUGGCCACGGGAGAUGCCCUUUCUGACAUAACGUGUGCUAAUGUCUCAGUCGGCCCGGUGCACAACGUGAAGACACCUGAUCCCACAGAGCAGUCCUGGCCAUUGGUCAUAUCCGUGGUCACCAGUGUCGUGCUGAUGGCCUUCGGCGUCAUCAUCACCAUCAGCAUCAUUAUGGCCAAGAAAAGAAAGGCGGGAGAAGAAAAGCCGAUCCCAAAGACACCGAUAAUCAGAACCCCUACAGAUGACGAUGACGAUGACGAUGAUCCCAGGACAUUGAUAGCAGUCGAGUGCAGUUUCCACGAGGCCGAGCAGGAGCAGGGCAGCGGCUCAGAGUCCUCGCAGCAGCUCAUCGUGUGAGGGGCUGGAACGCCACACUCAACUUCCUGUUGAACCCUGUGAAGAGAAACAGGAUAUCCUGAAUAAGACGGGGUCCUUAUUUGCGAUAGCGAGUCGUACGUUUGGAGGACAGCAAUGCGUUUACCCCUCUGUCUUUAAAAAAAAUGUUUUACCCUGCCCUAUUUCUCAUUUAAUAAGAGUAACCAAAGCUCCUGGGAAUAAAUGGAGCGGCCCGAGCCAAUAGGAUAUGAUUACAGGGAUCUGUUGACAUAAGCAGAGUGGAAGGGGAAUUCUGGAUGGGGGAAAAACAUCCGUGUGAUGACAGCAGACGGCGAAACUGUGUUUUUUCUCUUUCGGUUGAGCUUGAAACGUGUAAUAUUCCUAACGACUCGCCGUGGAAGGUUUUAUUGGAUUGAAGUCGACACCAGAUCAUUAACGACAAAACAGAAUCCUGUGACGUCCUUUAGAAACCGAAAAAUAGCACAACAAAAAGAACUAUUUUCACACAAGUUAACUGAACUUGUGGCCAAUGGACUGUGUGAAACAACAAUGUUGGUGAUGUGGUGAAACGUUUAGUAUGUCAUACUUAGAUAGUUUUUGUGUGUGUUUUGGUUUCUUACCAACAUUUAAAGUGUUUCAAUGAGUAUAUAAGAGCUUUGUAUGCUCUUGUAAACAAAGCUCUCCUGUUGGAGAGAGAGAGGUGGCACAUUGCCUCCUCCUCCCUCCCCAAUGUUACCAGGAACUAUAUGGAAGUUCCUACUUCACUGGUGACUCGUGAAGGGAGUUUCCAUUUUUGUUAAUAAGUAAUGCAAUGAUAUGUUAAGGGGAAUCCACGCGACACAAUCUCCAAAUCUACAGCACCGUGGGCUUUUUAAAAUCUUUUUAUAAAUAGUUGAACACUUGUUAAAGCAAGUCGGGACGUGCCCAGCGGAAUAAUCAUUACGACUAAAGUUCACAUGUGAUUCGUCAUGUGCUGCUCGUAGAUGCUUGAGAUUCCUACCUUGUGCGUCACCUGGGAGUUAGGCUCAAGGGUCAUGUGGGUCAUGUGGACUCCCCCCCCCCCCCCCCUCCCCCCCCUCCUGUAGUCGCUCUCUUCCAGCACAGAGGGGGCAGCGACAGCCGACAGUGGAACCUUCUUUUGCAGACGCAUGGCGGCCCUUUUCCUUCUGAAAUGGAACAUGUGAUGAAUGUGCCGUGUGGGCUUUGGGGUGAACAUGUUGCUCCACACCUUGAGUAAUGCCUCAGCGAGUGUGUGAGUCAUCGUCGGAGCAAAGUGACGACUGACAGAAGACCACAAAGUCCACAGGUGCUGCCUUGAGAAGAGUCACCGCAGUACGGUCGAGAAGAACUGGAGCACUUCAUCGGAUAUUUGAUUAAAUAGAUGCACUUCUGGUUUGUUUGGUAUGUAAAUGCAUCGUUGUGCCUUUUAAAUGUAUAUUUUUUUACAAGAUGUGCUUAUAUACGUGUUCAGCGCUGUCCAUGAUUACACUGCAUUCUGUUACAUUGUACAUAUAGACAACAUUUUUUUUUUAAAGCCAAUAAAAUUGGAAUUUUCAUUUUUAUUUGUUGCCCUUUCAUACAGAACAAUUUCAUUCAUAGUGGUCCACUCAGCAGUGGAAUACUUCAUUUGUAAAAAAAGAAAAACAAGUGUUUUUAAAUGUUGGAGUAAUAUGAACAUACAAACAUCUUUUGUUAGAAGACGUAUUUCUAAAUAUGCAUUAAUAAUAUUAAGUGACACUCGUUUCAAGACUGAUGACCCACCUGGUGAAGUAAACACAUUUGGACAAUAAAUGUGAUCUGAACUAAAUAAUUUGAGCUUAAGUUCCACUUACAAGCUUUUUUUAUGCUUUUCAACUGAACUCACUCGGCAGAAGGAGCCGGCUCAGGUGUCAUGUGACACGACGCCUUCACCUCUGAAUAAGGCUAGUAAGUGGAUCUUUGAUCCCUUUGUGAGAUAUACACAGUAACAUCUACUUUGAUGAUUGUUGUAAGAUGCUUUUCAUUAGGAGUCAAACACCUUCAUGUGAUUGUCAUUGGACUAUUUUAAACAUGGCUGCCAAGCUGCAUGGACACACAUGUGGCAGACAAUCUGAAAGUGGAUAUCUUCAAGUAGCUCGUCCAAAAA